AUGUCGUCGACCUCCCCUUCUAAGGAACCAGAACUCGACCCCGAAGUGCAUUCGGGUGAAGAACAAGAGCAUAUGGACAAGGACCAUCACGACGCGCAGGGACAUCAUGGCGAGUUUGAGGUGAAGGAGCAGGAUCGGUGGCUUCCGAUUGCAAAUGUUGCUCGUAUCAUGAAACUCGCCCUACCUGAAAACGCAAAAAUCGCCAAAGAAGCCAAGGAGUGUAUGCAGGAAUGUGUGAGCGAGUUUAUCUCGUUCAUUACCAGUGAAGCCUCGGAGAAGUGUCAACAGGAGAAGCGCAAAACGGUCAACGGCGAAGAUAUUCUAUUUGCGAUGACGUCGCUCGGUUUCGAGAACUACGCGGAGGCCCUCAAGAUCUACCUAUCCAAGUACCGCGAGGUAAUAAACCCCAAACCCAUGGACCAAUCAUCCCCACCCCAAUCGUCCCAGUCUUUUCCAUCCCAGGACAGUUUCCCCACACUCCAGAGCGGAGCCGCGCGCGCGUCACAAGCCCAUUUACUGACACGACCCCAGACCCAAUCUGCCCGUGGCGAGAACCAGCGCCCCCCAAGCGCUGGUUACGGCGCCGGAGGACCAGUGGGUGGCCCUGGUGGGCCUGGACCUGCUCGUCCCACCAGCUUCGCUGACGCCGAAGGCGCAAACCCCAUGCUGAACCCUAACAUGGACCCUUCUGAACAAGAUGCCUCCGCUUAUGGCUAUCCGGCUAUGGUUGGCCAGUCUCACAAUGGUGCUGGCGGUGAGCAAUACUAG